AUGUCUGGUGAGUCCGGUCAGCCUCAGGCUGGACCCUCCCAUGCUGGCCUCUACUGGCAGCACCCCAUAAGAGAUCAGGCUGGGGUUCCGGGAGGAGUGAUUCGAAGAGGCCCUAGGCAUAGGUCCUGGAUCCAAAAGGUUAUUGAGCAAAUAACCGGCUCCCCUAGACAGUGUAUCACCCUCUCGGAAGUGGUGCCUGUCACUGUACUGGCUGUCCAAAGGUACCUUUUAGAGGACGAGCCACGGGACACAGUGCCGAAGCCUCCCCUUUACUGCUAUGAUGUGACGAUCUCGGACGGAGUGUACCAGGAGAAGUGCUACUUAGACCCCAGCUUAAACUUUCUUGUUUAUCAGAAUAUUCUUAAAGUUGGCAUAGAAAUGAGAAUUUUCAGGGUCUCGUGUCUUUACAACGAGAAAAGAUUGGGUCAGGGAAUCCUAUGCAUUGAUAAGGCCCACUGUGGGGAGAUCCGAGAUGUUAUUUCUGUAGAAACUCCAUUUAGAAACAGGGAACACGAGGAAAAGCCAGAGAGGCCUCUAAGAGGCGGCAGGAGUCACUACCUGGCGCUAUGGAAUAACGAAGAUCCUUAUGGAGAUAUCUGGAAGACCAACAAGCACCCCGAGGAAUUCAAUUUUAACAACAUCAAAAUAAUCUCUCUCUCACACCUUGAAUUGACCUGGAGUACCAGAAAGACUUUUCCUGCUUUGCUUGUGAGGAUCCUGCAUAAGUCAAAAUUGCGAUACUAUGGGAAACCUAAUAAAAAGGCGAUUGAGCCAUAUCAGGGCUUUUUGGAAGUUGCUGACAGUUCAGGCAUGGUGUCAGUGAUUAUGUGGAAUGCUUUCUGUCCAGAAUGGUAUAAAAGUUUGAGAGUGGGCUUGGCUCUUCUGCUUCAAAAUUAUUCUGUGAAGAAAAGCUACCCAUUCAGAACCAAGCCUGAACCUGUGGAUCCACAGAUGAAACAAAUUUCUACAAUGGAAAUCUGCCUGAAUCUUCGAGAUCCUCCAACUAACAUAGUUAUCAUUCAAGAAAAACAACUGAAGUCAGAAUGGAAAUUGCCAAAUCUGAUUAAUCGAUUUAUCACAAGAUCAGAACUAGAGGAGAUGCCAGAAAAUCUCAUCUGUGAUGUAGUUGGUGUGUUAACCUUUGUGGGGCGGGUGCAACGAUCAAAAAAGAAAGAAAGCAGUGAAGACUUUUGGUCCUACCGCUGGAUUCACAUUAUUGAUUGGACUUCAGAGAAACCAUUCAUAGUGCAGCUGUUUUCUACAUCUCAACCAGAAGUCUUUGAAAACAUUAACCCAAUGACACAUUUUAUAUGUACCCAGUUGAAAGUUGUUAGAAAUAACAGUCAACUACCUAAUCUGCUUUACCUCACCACUACAAAUGAAAGCCGAAUGUUUAUUAUUGGAGAUGAUGACGAUCAGCCUUAUAUGUACGAGUCCAAGGUAAAAAGAUUUACUCAGUGGAUUAAAACGAAGACUGAUUUGGAAGAAAAGAAUGCUGUUAUUGGUGGAUAUUAUCCAUAUCCGCCGGUCCCAGAAACAUUCGUCAAGUAUAGUCACCGUGUUAAAGCUGAGUCGGCCCUGUCAAGUAUAAGUGAAGUGAGGAAGAUAAUUAGAGACCUGCAGUAUAGGGAACAAAAGCGCAUUGCGAUUCAGGGGAUAAUUACUGCUAUAAAGUACAUCCCCUAUAACCAUGCAGAUGAAGGUGCCCCAGCAUCAGAAACAUGUCAGACUGGUAGCCAAUCCUUAUCAUCUCAAGCAGCUAGAUGCGAAGGCCAUUCUCAUGAAAGAGGUAGUAAAAGACCUCAAGGUGACAGGCCAAUGGUUUUGAGCCCCUUCGCAAAAAGAAAAUGUCUUCAAGGCUCAAGUCCUCAUUCAGUUCCUGAGCCUCAUCCACAAAAUUCUGCACAUUCAAAAGGAAACAGAUCAAGUACUCCAGAAGAGGAAAGUUCAAGGGCUAGUGCCUCAGCGAAGUCCAGAAGGAUGACAGAUGAGAGAUGGAAGAGUCACCUGUGGAGAGAGAAGAAGUAUAGCUUGAGAGAUCACCUACAGUAUAGUCGCGUUUAUCCUGAAAGUAUUCCACGGAAAUUUGUUUUGGAGCAUGGAAAGUUUCUCGCCCAGCAGUAUAAUUUCCAACCUUCCAAAUACAUACCCCCAGAAGGCAGGGUCCCCAAACUUGAUGAAUUUCAGAGUGCUCGAAGCCUUGGACAUUUUGAAGUAACCAUCUUAGGUUUGAACCACGAGAUUGCCAUUGAUGUUGCAUUUCUACCUAUGUAUUCCCCGGGAGACGUCCAAACAUAUCAAGUUGACACGCUUUUGACCUGCAUGAAUUACAGUUGUGUGUAUCCACCAGAAGCACCUGUCGGUAGAAGAGUGCCAGAUCCCAAGGCAAUUGCAGAUGAUAUUAUAAAAGCAGCGUCUGACCUGGAUAGAAACCACGUCAUCUGUAUCUUGGAUAUCUGUAAUUUGGGUGACAAUAAAGUGGAAGUCUAUUUGCAGAGAAUUUAUACUCCAGAAUAG